AUGUCCUUCCCAGUGGCUGGACGAAAAGUUGCUGCCUCCUCACAGCUUCCUCCGCCUCGACAACUAUCUCACCCAGACUUCCAAGCUUUCGUCCAGUUCCUCGGACAAAGUCUGGUGCCUCUUGUUGGCUGCAUGUCAGGUGAAGCUCCCGCAGAUUUCCCCGAUACAUUACUUGCAUAUAAGCUCCUCACUCAUGAGCAACUCGAUGAUCUCGCCUGGUUUUUUCACCAGAUAUCCCCCGCGAUACCAGAGACCUCACACUACCCGCGCCCUAUGAACAAACCCUGGAUCGGUGCCAGAGCCGAACAAGGCGUUUCUAUCGAGACCAAGCGUCGCCGCUUUGGGCGCUUUAUUGGGCUCCAAGGCUGUGAAUCACCUACUAAAGAGCACGGACUCUUCUUUGAAGAGCCAAGACCACAGUCAGAGCCACUGCAGAUCAAUUUGGAAGCUUUGUCGCCACUAAUGGAGCUGGAUGAGAGCGCCAUGGCAAACAUUAUCAAAGGCAUCCGGGUAGAUAGUGAGAGGUCGGUCCACAUUAUGGAGUAUAUGGAGUACAAGUGA